GUAUCGCUCUGUGCCGUGAGCUUGUCGUGAGGCCCGCCGCCAGAGCGUCCGACUGUGCGCCACGCCGCGCCACGCCGCGCCAGACGCGCGUGUGCCCUCGCCAGUUCGCCAGGCCAGUUCGCCACCCCCAGUUUAGUGACUCAGUGAAGUGCUGCAAGAGAAUCUGUGUUGCGUGAGGCAGAGCCAGCAAGGCUCUCGCCACCUGUUGUACUGUGUGUUCCCUCUGGAUUACGUGUUGCACCUGUCCGCCGUGGUGUCGAGGACCGUCCGGGACGCCGCCGCCUGCGUCCACGUGAAGGAUCAUCGAAGGACACGCCCAGGCAGGUCCUGCCCUCCGGGUGAAGGUUCAAGGUUCUAAAGGGGUGCGCCGUGCCCUGCCGCGCCCCGCCGCGCCGUGCCGUGCCCUGUGGUGCUGCGAUCCGUCCAGAGCCGUCCCCGGUCUUAUCGCGGGCCAGCUUAUCGGACACACCAAUGCCCCGCCCGGCCCGCGCCCCGCGCCCUCGCCCCGCACGGCCACCGAGGCCCAGCGACAGCCGCGCCGCCCGGCCCACCUGGCCAGCCCCGCCAGCCCCGCAGGCCGCGAUAAGUGAAAAAGAGGUAACGAACGACCUGAAAACCGCGCGCGUUCGCCGUUCGCCCGCGAGCCGCCGCCGCGUGUGCCAGUGUGUGAGUGUGUGUGCUGUGCUCCAUGACGCCGCCCCUCACCGCCACCCUCGGCCGCCGCUGACCUCGCCGUCGUCGCCAACACGUCGCCGUCGCCGCCAAGAAUCAGCAAGUCGCCGUCGUCGGCCGGUGCGAGGUUCUCCGCCGUCGGCGUGGGCAUGAUGCGAGAACUGGACACCGUCAGCCCCGUCGUGUGGCCGGCGUGGUGCUACUCAGGCGGGCAGCCCGAGUCCGAGUCGAGCGGCGUGGCCAGCGCGGACGUGCUCCAGGCGCGGCCGCAGCUCGUGCCGCCGUCCGCGUCGUCCAUGGCCUCGUCGUCGUCGUCCUCGCUGCGACCCUCGGCCGCGGCCCUGGGCGGCGGCGCCAGCGCCCACCGCAAGCGGCGCUCCGUGCCGCGCUCCUACGACAGCCCCACCACGGCGCUCAACGGCGCGCGCUCGUCGGUCAAGUCGGAGCGCCUGUCCCCCAGCGGCAGCGUGCACGGCCUCCACGACAGCGCCUCCACGUCCUCGCUGUCGCGCAGCGGCACGCCGUCGUCGCCGCCCGCCUCCUCCAUCGGCCACCCCGCCGGCGCCAGCCCCGCGGCCAGCCCGUCGCGCAGCACCAGCAACAACAACACCACCACGCUCAACAACAACAACAUCAGCAGCCACCUCAAGGCCAUGGAGGACAGCGUCACGCACAACUACAGCGAGUUCAUGCGGAACCUGGCCGCCAAGUACCAGUACGUGCACCCUGACGAGUUCUACAGCGCCACCCGCAACGGCUUCCCCGCCGCCCUGGACCCCCGCUUCCCCUACAAGGCAGGCGCCGCCACCUUCCUGAUGCCGCCGCUGGGGCCCCUGCCCGGCGUGGGCGUCCCCGGCGUGCCCCCCGGCGUCGUGUCGCCGCUGCACCACCUGGCCGCGCCCGUGAGCGCGCCGCCGCCACCCGCCCCCAAGGACUCGGCGCCCGCCACGUCGUCGCGGAGCAGCGGCGGCAGCAGCCGCAGCGCGGCGUCGGACCGGGACCGGGAUCGCGACCGCGACCGGGAGGACCGCGACCCCGCCGCCACCAACCACAGCGACGACCGGGCCGCGGCGCACAAGCCGACCGCCAAGUCGCCGCCCUCGUCCGCGGCGUCCGUCACCUCGGCCGUGUCGGACAGCGCCACCAGCCUGCUGUUCUCGCCGCUCUUCUCGGGCGGGCUGCCCGGCACCCUGCCCGGGGCGCUGCCAGGAUCGGUGCCCGUCAUGGACAUGAGCUCGACGCAGGCCCUCGUCAACAUGGUGCAGCGCUCGCACCAGAACCAGCUGGAGACGUACCUCAAGGGCGCCAUCAAGAGGCCGGCCGAGACGUCGCCGUCGCCGCUCAGCCCCCUGGACUUGUCCUCGGCCGCGGCGCCGCCCAAGAAGAGCCGCAAGCGGGAGGGCGGCGACCUCUACGGCGUGGACGCGCUGCUCGGCCUGCCCAGCAGCCUCAUCCGCAGCUCCAAGGAGCGGCUGGCCACCAGGACGCCGCCGUCGCGGGCGCUGUCCUCGCCCCGGCUCGCCGCCGCCCCCGCACCCGCCUCCCCCGGCCAGGCCAAGGGCGGCAACCCCCUGUCGUGCAGUGCGCUCUGCUCCACCUCCCCGGGCCACGCCACCGCCGAGGGACCCUGCACCACGGACGCCGGCGCCGCCUCCAUCCUCCACUGGAGCGUCGGGGACGUGUGCAACUUCGUGGGCUCCAUCGACCUCUGCGUCGAAUAUGUCCAGGCGUUUCGCGACCAGCGGAUAGACGGGUCGGCGCUGCCGCUGCUAACCGAGGAGCACCUCCGCACCCAGAUGAAGAUGCGGCUGGGCCCCGCGCUCAAGCUGCGCGCCGUGCUGGCCAAGCGGCUGGGCCACUGCAGCGUGUGCCUGCACUGUGUGCACUGCCACAACCUGCCGCCCAGCUCCACGGCCUCGUCCGCCACCGGCACCACCACCACCUCCACCACGACGACGGCCACCCCCGGCAGCCCCCAGUCGGCGUCCGGGACGGUGGCCUCCACCAGCACGUCGCCGUCGGCGGCCGGGUCACCGCCGCCAGCGAGGCCGUCGUCCGCGGCGGGUGUCGCCAUGUCGCUGACGACCUCGUCGGAGCGGAGCGCCACGGCGUCCCCCAAGCCCACGCCGCUCGUCAUGGCGCCGCGCCCCAGCAGCGUCGGCAACUAGCCGACCAGCCUGACUAGCUUCGCUCGUUAGUUUCUAUGUUUCAAUUUUGUGAUAUUCGCUCGCCGACGCGGCGCAAGACACUUGACAGCGCGCCCCGCCGCGCGCAGAACAACUCAGUGCUAGAGUAGAGGGCGGCGACGCCCGGUCGGCGUCGGAGUAAGGUCGGCAGGGUGUGAGGACUGCAUUUCGAGACUCGGCCAGCAGUCACCUGCACCUUAUUCCGUCACCAAUUCGUAUGAGUGGUCUAUUUGUACUGUUUAUAGUUAAUGUUUAGGCUUCAAUGCAUGUUGAUGUCUGUGAUAUACUCUUGGAUAAUUUUGCUGGAAGAAGUGCAAUAGCCUGCAUUCACACUUAAAGUUAUUGUUGCCUAGUCCAGCAGUACAAAAUGUCUGUCCAAACUGUUCUCUUUUUUUUUUUGGAGAAUAUCAAAAUAAGUCCAGCUCAUCAAUUGCAUGCUGGAGCUCUGCCACUGUUAUCUUUCCUGUUUAGACUGUUAGUGGCAGGGUGUGUGGAGCUGAACAAGUUGCUGAUGGUUUGUCAUCAUACAACGUGCCAAAUUAGUGUUUUCAUGCCUAAUACAAAAAGCGUACCUUGGAUAUGCCUUGGAUAUACGUGUUCACAGAGUGUUCGUUCUAGAACUUCUCUAAGAUAAUUAAUUUGGCGAAAUAAUUUGUAAAAAUAAUGAUAAAAAUCUGUGAUUGCAGAAGAAUUUUGUGCAGUACUUAAGAAAUUGACAAUAGAGAAAAUCUGUAUAUUUACUGAUUGUACAUAAAUUAACUGUACAUUCUAAUAUUCAAUAGUUACUGCAACUCCGUACAGCUUUUCCUUCUUUUGGCUAGUAUUGAAUCCGCCAUCUGCCUAUGCCAUUUGUUCCCUCUAACAAAAAGAAAUUAAAAUGGGAUGAGCCUAAGCACCAGUCACAUUUUGAUUGGAAAUGAUUGAACUGAUUUUCAGUUGGAUUCACUAUCAGUCAGAAGAAUUGUAUCCAUUAUUUGUAACAUAUACAUACAUAUCCUAUUUAACUUAAUUAAAAGUACCAUUGUAGAAUGUAUAAAGUCAAAUAUUUAUAAUAUGUGAAUCAUUCUUGCAAACUAUGUGACUAGAACUGUGGCUGUAUGUUUGUUAAUUAAUGAGAAGCUUUUGGAAUGUUCCCAAGCAUAUCUGGAUAACAGUCUUUGUCUGAAAUUGAUGACAUGUUGUGAUAUCUAGUGAGUCUUAUAAUUCCUACAUUGUAGACUUUUUCAAAAAUCAUUUCCCAAUACUGCUAUUACAUUGUGAAGGUCCAAAUCAUGUAACUUCCCUUAAAAUGUCUGUUAUGUUGUAGGGUUUUUUUUUACUCAAGGGAAUCAAAAGCACUGAAUCAUGUGUGAUGUAUGUUCCUUACAGUAUUCACAAUUAAAUGUUAUAAACACUGUUCUCUGUUAAA